AGGCAAACCUUGUCCGAGAAAGUUGUCAGUGUCGGAGUGCGCCGAAUCGCGUUUCGUUGGCGAAUCAUCCAAAUUAAUGUGCUCCCAGACUCGAAUAUACAUGCAAAUCGGCGAAAACAGUUCAAUCCGAGUGCCAUGCCAAAUCAAAGCAAACAAAGCACCAAACAUCUCAUGACAUUCACAUAAAAUACAAAACACACGAGAGAGAGAGAGAGAGAGAUCUGCAACACUUAAAACCCCCAAAACUAAACCAAAACCAAAACCACACCGAACUCCCGAGAAACCAUCGAAGCUAUAGAACCCUCCAGCAAAGGGAGAGAGAGAAUGUUGCUCGCGUCCGUGGUGGUGUGCCAAGUGGAGAGAUUGCUAUGCAUGCCGAUCAGCUUUGCCGUGUUCGCCUUCCUCUUCAUGGCCUGCGCCCUGGAGGUGGUUCUGCUGAAGACAACCACCAGUGAUCCGGUGUUCGGGCGGCCGCCCGACGACGGGGACGAGGCCGGGGACGACGAGUCCGAGGAGCAGAUCUACUAUGAGAAUCUCGGCAACAACUACGAGCACUGGGCCCGCCGACGGAUGCGUUUCCAUCAGAGGCAACAGCAACAGCAGCAGCAGCAGCAGCUGAUUACUUAGAUGCAGAAUUUGCAAUCGGUUGGGUAUCGGCUAUGACUGGUUUGCCUUUGUUUUUCGAAAUUACAUAGUGUAUAGGAGAGAGAGAGUGUGCAAUGUUUUUGUUUUUCGUUUGUAAGCGAUUGCCAGCCAGACAUUUCAUUUGAAUAAGUUACCCAAAUUGUUUGUGAUUGAUUGUCAAUUUUGAGCACGUUGUACCACAACGACCAGCACAACAAAACA